UGCACCCCUGACUGCCACGUUCUUCUCUUAUUUUCCAUCUCGCCUCGUCUCGGCUUCUUGCAUAUAAGAUUGUACGAUUUCUUAUCUCGAUCUGCAAUACAAAAGACCAAAAAAAAGCAUACUUGACGAGCUUGGCUAUUGCUUGUCUUUCUUACUUGAUCCCCUGAUACGUAACCUCGAGUCCUUGCCUCCAUUUACACAUACUCUUCGAUUCUUACUGUCAACAGGGAAGAUCAAACGACGAGAAGAGAGUCGGAGAAACAACACACAAGAGACACAAUGUCCACCGAUACCAGUGGAAGCGCGGCAUUGGCGUUCAAUCCCGAGAACGUCAACCUCUCGACUGCCAACCACAGAGAUGUCAUCUGUGCACUCGCCGCCUCUGGUAAUGAUUACAACGGCCAGCUGGGCGCACGUGUGUCUGCGCUCUUUGUCAUCCUCAUCGUCUCUACGGCCGCGACGUUCUUCCCGGUCAUCGCCAAACGGUUCCCCCGUCUACACAUCCCGCUGUACGUGUACCUCUUCGCGCGGUACUUUGGUGCCGGUGUCAUCGUGGCCACGGCCUUCAUCCACCUGCUCGACCCGGCCUAUGGCGAGAUAGGACCCAACACCUGCGUGGGCAUGACGGGCGGCUGGGCGGACUACUCGUGGUGUCCUGCCAUUGUGCUGACGAGCGUCGUCGUCAUCUUUCUGUGCGACUUUGGCGCUGAGCGCUACGUCGAGGUGAAAUAUGGCAUCGACAGCGACGCAGACGUCCAAGAGGCCGUCACCGGGCAGGCUGACGGACCACCCAACGGUCACGCGGAUUCUGCUCAAGACGCACGAACGGGGCAAUUCGGCGGUAGUAUUUCGAGCAUGCGCCGCGAACACGACGAGAGACGCAAGGUCAGUGCGUACGAGAAACGGUUCUUGGAGGAUUUCGAAGAGCAGGACAGCGACGGAGAGUCUGAAUACCGCAAGAACUCGUUCAGACAACAGAUUGCGGCGUUUUUGAUCCUCGAGUUCGGCGUCAUCUUUCAUUCGGUCGUGAUUGGGUUGAAUCUCGGUGUCGUGGGAGACGAAUUCAGCACCUUGUACCCUGUUCUUGUCUUCCAUCAGUCCUUUGAAGGUCUGGGUAUCGGCGCGAGGAUGUCGGCCAUACCCUUCCGCCCGGGAAGCUGGUUGCCGUGGGUGUUGUGCGCGGCGUACGGGUUGACAACGCCCAUCGCCAUUGCCAUCGGCCUUGGUGUUCGCACGACGUACAACCCGAACAGUUUCACAGCGAACGUGGUAUCCGGUGUGUUGGACUCAAUGUCCGCCGGUAUCCUAAUUUAUACUGGGUUGGUGGAGUUGUUGGCCAGAGACUUCUUGUUCAACCCCUUGCGUACAAAGGAUCACAAGAGGUUAACAUUCAUGGUCAUUUGUGUGCUGUUGGGGGCUGCACUCAUGGCGUUGCUCGGAAAGUGGGCAUAAAGCCGAUGGCGAAUGCCAAUGGGAUCGCUUGACCCGACAGCAACGAGGAGGCUUGUGUCGACCAGGCUUACGUGGUGUCGUCCACAUUUAGGUACUGCACGAUAACCCGAUUCCUUGGUGACACAGAACAAGCCAGAUGCAGGGAUUGGGUAAGCGUGGGAGGAUUAGAGCAGCAGUAUCAACGAGCCAUGCUUUUGAAAUCUGAUCCAGGGAGACGGUCAGUUUACUUCUCGCACCCAGAAAGAUUUGACAGUAAUAAUUAGGCGGAACGGGGAGAGGACACAAGGGGUGGUUCAGCAGAAGAUGUGAGUUCUUUUCUUGACCGGAUGGUCAACACAAUCCAUACACACAGUGGAGGUUUUAGAUAGAUAGGUAGUAGUAAGCAAAAAGUAUACAAAAAGGACAGUAGAGUAUCAUUGAAUCUCCUUUGUAAGGACCAUGAACUAACUCAGCCUCGGCCGCCCUUCCAUAACAGGUACAAGCAGGAAAAGUUCCCUGUCCACCACGCAAUUCCGCGGAGCUGACUGUAGAGGUCGUGUGGAAUAAAGACGUACACCGCUCCAUAUACUAGCCUGGUGAGCGUAUAUGCGGUACACCCCUUUAUGAGUGCCGAUUCAGGGACGCCGGACACUAGAGCAAAGAGGACUGUUGCAUGGAUGUCACAAUUGUCAAUAGAUACUCCAUAAUCCGAGUCUCUUGAAGGCGGCUGAAGGGAAGGAGGAAAGAAGACUCACCCGAGGUAGCGAAAAAAGCAAAUCCAUCGGUGGAAUUUGCACUGGCAGCUUCGAUGCGGUAAAUGCGGUCGAGCUGGGCCCGAGUCAUUUUGCCUUCGCGAAUCGCAGCCUCGGCGUACUUGGUCAGAUCUUGCCGCGGGCUACCAUUGUGGUCGAUACCGACGCUUUGCUUCCAUGGCCUGCUAGACAGUGCCACGUACGCGAAAGCCCAGUUCCAGGCGAGAAAGCCGGCUGGAAUGGCGAAGGAGGUGGCUGGGGAGAGGCCGAGUGGUGUCGACAUUGUCGUGAGGUUGUCAAUUGAAACAGGUUCUUCCUAGGUGACAAUAGAGAUAAAGGUGACUACGGAUUGAAUAUUGAUGGUUGGUUGGACCUUUUGGAUUUCAGUACAAGUCGUGGUCGUAUUCGUGUUGAUGCUGAAUAAGACGCCACCGGAGCUCGGAACGGCCGCUUUUCUUGCCUAAAAGAGAGGAGCUUCAACAGCCUCGCCAGCCUCGACUACUUUGGUCUCCUUGCAACGGCGGAAACGUUUCGAUACAUGUCGUACUCUCUAUGCUUAAGACAUUUAUACAAAGUACCACGUAACAACCUCCCGGUUCUCACGCGGUGUAGCUGCUGCUUUGGCAACUGACUUGAAACACAUGGCUUGUACUGUGUACUGAUAGUUGAUCAAUAAUUACAUAAGCAAGGCUGUCAUCUUGGCA